CACACAGAGGCUAAUAGUUUCAAACAGAAUACCACAAACAGCAGGCAUUCCUUUAGAAAUGGGAUUCUUAAUUCUGCAACAGUUAGCCCCCCUACAGUCAGCAGAAGAGGUCAUCCUUAUCAAGAGCAUCUCAAUUGUACUGCCAUAGUUUUCAAUACAAAUAGUCUCCUUUAUCUUAUGGCAGAGGGUUGGCUGUGCUAGGUCCAUCGGAGCCACUAUAGCUUUUAUCAUGCCAUUACACUUUGUACUGACCAUCCUCCAAACAGGCAUCAUCUUUUGUUUACACCUUAUCUCUGCAUCUCAGAGGGCAUCUGAAACAAGCCCCACACCUAUAUAAAAACACCCUAAUCAAACACCCUGUAUUUUUCCUCACUACUUUACAUUUGGCCUUGAGAGCAUUUUACUUUUAAUUUAACUAGUUUUUAGGGGUAUUUUUCUUUUUCUUUAGGGCUCUGAAACACACAGAGGCUAAUAGUUUCAAACAGAAUACCACAAACAGUAUGCAUUCCUUUAGAAAUGGGAUUCUUAAUUCUGCAUCAGCUAGACAGAGUGGGGUUACAGUUAGACCCCCUACAGUCAGCAGAAGAGGUCGUCCUUAUCAAGAGCAUCUCAUUUGUACGGCCAUAGUUUUCAAUACAAACAGUCUCCUUUAUCUUAUGGCAGAGGUCCGGCGGGGCCAGGUCCAUCGGAGCCACCAUUACACUUUCACCUUUUAUCAUGCCAUUACACUUUGUACUGGCCAUCCUCCAAACAUGGCAUCACUGUUUUGUUUACACCUUUUAUCUCUACAUCUCAGAGGUCACCUGAAACAAGCCCCACCUAUAUAAAAGGCCAUAAUCAGUCACCCUGUAUUUUCCCUCACUACAUUACAUCGGUCAUUGAGAGCAUAACACUUCGUUCAUCAGCACGGACAACAUCCCUAAGAGCGUUCUUUUUAACAUGGACAGCGUAUAUGGAACAUGGUACACAUGGACACCACAAGCGGGACUUACACAAGGAUCACAAAGCUAUAUAGGGCAAACAACACCUCUAAAAAACACAAGGAUCAAUAAGUUGUCCAGAAAAACCUACAGAAGCGGAGGAAAUAAGACCAAGCCUUACGUUAGGCCCGAGACAGAGUACACAGCGUGUCAAGAAGCGGGGCCAUCCGGAAUAACACAGAACAAAGUCGAUCACACAACCCCUUACCACUACGGACCCCUUGAAGAUCCCUUGACGUUUUUGGAAUAUUUACGUGAUAUUGAACUCCCAGAACAACAAGAAAAACCACAACCUUUGGGCAACAUCGGAGAAUCGGAAGAAUUCUUCAUCACCGGACCGCACACACCAGCGAGUGAGUGUCUGCCUAGUGAUUUCAACGAUGUUUUCGAGUACAGUCUAUCAGAUUUCAACAUAAAUGACAUACCCACCACACCAAAAUGUCUCAGAAACAACAGCGAUUCAGACAUAGGUUUUGAAGAAGGAGGCAUAACAGACUCACAAAUAUCGCAGGCAUAUGAUGCAUACUUAAAUGCAGCAAAACCCUCUACAUUUGAACAGAGCCAUAGUGCCUCAAAAAAUGAUAUAUUAUCUUUGAUCGAAGCUAAACUUAGUCAACAUCAACGAGAAAUAGAGGCUAAACUUAACCAGCAACAACAAGCAAUACAGCUGAACUUGCAAGAAAUACUAGCUAAAGUUAACCAAGAUCGAGAAGCAGCACAGGCCAACUUGCAAGAAAUAGCACGUGUUCUAACAAGUAGCCACCAGGCAAUAAACGAGACCUCGGGUUUAUUACGUCUCAUUAAUACCACCAUUCUAAAUAGGUGACUUUUAAAAUCCACAUCAUGGACCCACCCUGUAAAUUAUUCAAGCACAAUGACGGUACCUCCGCUAGGGCUAAAUGGUUCGACUUUGAGGUUUUUAAUCAGGCUGCUGCGCAAUUAGUAACCAAUUGUCAAGUUUUGCAUGCAACACUUAGUAGUCUCGAUGCAACCCGCAGUGGUGUGUCUAAUGAGCGUCCUCGUCCAACUCAUUCUGAACCUAUUGCUGAUGAUGUAACCGAAACACAGACGGAGUUUCCUGUAACCCCGAAUGUUACUGUUGUUACUCAGGAUACCGAUGAAUGUGUUAUUACUGAGCCUUCUUUCACCCAUGCUUAUCAGGGGGCUGAUGCUACUGUAUCUGUUGCUGCUGCUGCUGUUGCUGACGCAUCACCACACAACCCCUCAAACAAUGGAAAUUCCUCAAGUGUUAACCAUACACAAACACAUGCUGCUGUAGUUGAGCCCAUUGUUCAGUCUGGGUCUGGCAGUCACAGUCAGCUUAGCAUCAGAGAGAUACCUAAUUUCAAUGCACGAGAGUUGCGUGAGCGCCUUGAUUUUAGGGACAUAAGUCUUGAUGAUCCAGAACAAGUGCCAGAAAGAGUUAGAAGCUGCCUAGCUAAUGUGAUAGAUAGAGCAGUGGCUGGAUCUCAGCAGGGUUGUGUUCUAAAUGUGGUCCUCCGUGGACCUUCGCUGGCUUCUGAUGUUCAAGCUGUUUUAAAUCCUGAUGAUCAGUAUGACCCCGACCUGUUUCUCGACCAAAUAGCACAAGUUAUGCAAAGUAACGACGAAUCUAUCGGUGAUGAUGAAUUAGAGUUUAUUGUCACAGUUGCACAAAACAGUAGCGGUGGCGGGGCUCGCUUAAAACUGGCAAACAUUCCUUAUGAUGAGAUUCUCUCAAAGAAGGGUAAACAUCUGUAUACACCAAACAAUACGCACAACAAUUUGUGCUUCUCCCUUUGCAUAGCACAUUCAUUAAACCCAACAGCCCCAGAGCAUGAAAAAUAUGCUGCUGCUAAACAGUUACAUGCUCAAGUAGGUCUACGCGACACACAGACAGUAUCAUUCUCUGAUGUCUGCAAAUUUGAGAAACAUCUAAACAUUAAGAUAGUGAUCUAUUAUCACGCAGCAGGGCGUAAACGUCUGCAUACUUUUUUCACACAUGAUGAGCCAAAUCCAAACACUGUAAUGCUGUACCUACACAAUGAACACUAUCACCUGAUUGAAAAACCCACAGCUUUUCUAGGGGCAGGCUAUGUGUGUAAUUUUUGUUACAAUACAUAUGAAUCACCGCUCUAUCACAGCUGUAAACAUAGAUGCAAUGUAUGUUUCACACUCUGUCACCACCACAGAGGUCCCACCGUGAAAUGCAGUGACUGUAACCGCAUCUGCAAAUCACAACACUGUUACCAACAACACAAAUUACCAGAAAUAAAACACAACAUGGUCCCAUGUGACAAUAUGAAGCAUUGCAUGAGCUGUGGUGUCACAUAUAAAAAAUCAAAGAAAUCACCACACAGAUGUGUCCAGCCUAAAUGCGAGCACUGCUGCGAGCCUAAAUUAGCCGGGGACUCUGAGCAUCAGUGUUUUAUACAGCCUGUUGAACAACAGAACCCUUGCGAUAAAUAUAUUUUAUAUGAUUUUGAGACAAGGUAUCACAACGGUAAACAUGAGGCCAACUUUGUGUGUGCGUCUGAUCUGAAGGGCAACAAGUUCUCAUUUAAUACAUUAAAAUGUGUGGCUGCGUUUGUGCAGCAUUACAGACGCCCGAGGUUUCGUGGGUACACAUUCAUAGCCCAUAACGCGUCCGGCUUCGAUAAUUACAUAAUUUUGGAGUAUUUCGUCAAGCAAUGUAUAACACCUACCGUCACAAUGAGAGGGAGCCGUGUGAUUUUGAUGCAUGACACGGCCUAUGACCAGCGGUGGAUUGAUUCGUUCAGCUUUUUGCCCAUGGGUCUUGCCAAAAUACCCUCUGCUUUAGGUUUCAAGACCUGCAGAAGGGCCAUUUCCC